AACAGAUCCUGGCAUAUGGUGACAUGAAUCAUGAAUGGGUGGGUAAUGACUGGCUACCUAGUCUGGGAUUACCCCAGUAUCGCAGCUACUUUAUGGAGUCCUUAGUGGAUGCCAGAAUGUUAGACCACUUGAACAAAAAAGAGCUUCGAGGACAACUCAAAAUGGUAGAUAGUUUUCACAGGGUUAGCCUUCAUUAUGGUAUCAUGUGCCUGAAAAGACUGAACUAUGACAGGAAGGAUCUGGAGAGGAGGCGAGAGGAGAGCCAAAAUCAAAUUAAAGAUGUCAUGGUCUGGUCCAAUGAGCGUGUAAUGUGCUGGGUUCAGUCUAUAGGACUGAAGGAAUAUGCUAAUAACUUGCAUGAGAGUGGAGUACAUGGAGCCCUUAUUGCGUUAGAUGACACAUUUGACUUUAACGAUCUAGGGUUGCUGCUACAGAUCCCAACGCAGAACACACAGGCUCGACAAGUGCUGGAAAAGGAGUUCAGUAGUCUCAUUUCGAUGGGGACAGAGCGGCGACUGGAUGAGGUCAGCAAUGCACAACUG